GGCUGAAAUUCAAGAUAGACAUUUCCAAUAUCCGACCAGAAAAUGAACAUUUGACAACAUACUGUAGAUUGAAAAUCUGGCAGCCCAGUCAAUGAGAAGGUGGCGCUUAAGAGGGGCCUGAUGAAACCAAACAGACAGGAUGCAAAGUCCACAGACAGCAGCGGGACGUCUGUCACCACAGUCCUCUCAGGAGACUCUCAGGUUCAAACCAGUCUCACUUUUAACCUCACCAUAAUGGAGAUUCCAGUAUUCACGCUGGAUGCCUUCACCAAUUUACCGUUCAAGGGAAAUCCAGCGGCAAUUUGUCCACUGAUGACUGAGCUGACUGAUGACAUGUAUCAGAAGAUUGCAACAGAGAUGAACCUGUCAGAGACAGCUUUCAUCACCAGGAUCAACCCCUCUGAUGAUUUUACCACAGGAUCAAGGUUCCGCCUUCGAUGGUUUACACCAACCAAUGAAGUGAAUCUGUGCGGUCAUGCCACUCUGGCUUCUGCAGCGGUGCUGUUCCAGCAUAUGAAGAAUGUGAAUCCCACUCUGGUGUUCGAGACUCGGAGUGGAGAUCUGGCCGUCAUCCAGCAGGGAGAAGAGUACGUCAUGGACUUUCCCCUCAACCCGCCCACCGAGCAGGAUGUCAAUGAGUUCAGAGACAUCAUCAAGGCUGCAGUUGGAAACCACCCAGUCCAGGACGUUUAUCUGAGCCCCAACACUAAGAAACUGAUGGUUCGACUGGCAGACAGCUGUGACAGGUCGGUGCUGACCAGUCUGAAGGUCGACCCUGCUGCUCUUCUGAACAGUGAGAGGAGCGGGAGAGUCAAGGGACUCAUCCUCACCAUGAAAGGAUCUCCAGGCUGCCAGCCAGGAUAUGACUUCUACUCUAGAUACUUUGCUCCAUGGAAUGGCAUCCCCGAGGAUCCGGUCACAGGUUCUGCCCACACUGUGCUGGGUAGCUACUGGUCUAAGAAGUUAGGAAAGAAGAAGCUGCUUGCUUUCCAGUGCUCCAAGCGAGGCGGGGAGCUGAAACUAGAAGUGAGAGAUGAUGGAAGGAUCAACAUUGCUGGAGAGACCGUCACUGUACUGCAGGGAACAAUCACACUGUAGCCAAAAAAAACAUGCAAGCAGACAUGGCUAGAGAUGUUCGGAUGUCAUGGUGUAGAGAACAUAUGCAGGAUUUGUACAAUUUGAUUACAAAAUGUUUUUUCUUGCUUUUUUUAAAUAAAAAAAACAAAGCAGA